AGGGGCUGACAUCACUAAUAAAGAUAGCUUCUUAACUCGUAUAUAUACGCCGUGUUUGCCUGCUUAGGGAAUGUCGACGAUAAUUUUUAGGAUAGAGAUGCCCACGACAUGGCUACAACCGUAAUUCUCGGUGCCGGCAUCAUUGGCACCUCAACAGCUUACUACCUUUCUAAACACCAGCCAGGAUCAAGCAUCCACCUAGUUGAACCUUCACCAGAGCUCUUCGCUUCGGCCUCUGGCUAUGCAGGGGGUUUCUUAGCGAAAGACUGGUUUUCCCCUGCUGUCGCGGAGCUCGGCGCUUUAAGCUUCGAAGAACAUCGCAAAUUUGCCGAGCAAGAAGACGGUGCGAGGAAAUGGGGAUACUCGCGUAGCACGUCGAUUAGCCUGUCGCAGGCUGCUAAGUCUGGGAAGCGAGUAGACGUCUGGUGUCGUGAAGGCGCUAGUCGUGCUGAGGCUGCGAGUGGUGAGUCGUCAGUUGGUAUUGCGCCGGCUUGGUUGAGACGGAAGAAGGGUGAUGCUGUGGAGAUUAUUAGUGAUGAUGAUACUGUCGCGCAAGUAGAUCCGCUCCAAUUAUCCCAAUUCCUCCUCCAGAAAUGCAUCGAGGCCGGCGUCCACCUGCACCACCCCGCGAAAGCCCUAUCCGUCCAAACCGACAUGCGCGACGAGAUUUCGAGUAUUUGUAUUGCAAGUACGACAUCUAGUACCGAGACCGACAUCCCGUGUACCAAUAUUGUCAUCGCAGCAGGGGCAUGGUCGUCGCAGGUCUUCAAAACUCUGUUCCCGUCCGCUGAAUUCGAGAUCCCUGUUUCGAGCCUCGCCGGACAUUCUUUGGUUGUUAAAUCACCGCGCUGGACACAGGAACAUGAGAAAGAUGGAUGCCAUGCUGUGUUCAUGACGAGUGAACCGGGAUACUCACCAGAGAUAUUUUCCCGUGUGGGUGGGCAGAUAUACAUUGCGGGUCUAAAUUCAGCGACUGAACCGCUGCCGGACUUACCUACGGACGCUAAGGGGAAGAUACGCAAGGACGCUAUUGACAGAUUAAGAGAUACCGUCAAAGAAGUUGUCGGGGAGGACGAUGUAGAAGUGGUGAGAGAGGGACUAUGCUUUCGGCCUGUAACGGAGAAAGGCACGCCAUUCUUGAGCCGCAUACCGGAUAUAUGCCUUGGUCUUUAUUACGAUGUAAGACCAGCCCCUGCGGGCGGUGUGUAUCUCGCGGCUGGGCAUGGGCCGUGGGGAAUUAGUAUGAGUUUAGGAACCGGAAAGGUUAUGGCGGAGAUGAUUCAAGGUAGGAAGCUAAGCGCUGAUGUGUCAAAGCUAGCUUACAGUAUUAUGCCUGAGUGGACAGUUGAUGAUGGGGAGGACUAUGUUACGGUAGAUCCGUUUGGGAAUGAGUAUCCUGAAUAGCAUAGAUCCGAGAUAUCAAUUCGGACUUCAGAAUGUACGAUAAUGAUCU